AUGGCUGCGCCCGAGCUGGGCCAGGUGGUCGCGCUCGCCGCGCCACGGGCAGCCUUUCCCGCAGCAACAACCCAGAGGCAUCAGUUUGGUUCAGCUGGGCGUGCCGCGCUUCAUAUGGCUCGACAGCACCAGCACCAGCAUGAACAGCAGCAGCGGCAGCAGCAGCAGCAGCAGGUCCUCAUACAAUCGCAACGGCACCGAGUUGCACGGGCCAUCCGGCCGCUCUCCUCCGCCGCCAUCCUGGGGGCCCCCCCGGCGUCCGCCCCUCUCUCAACCGCCGCCGCCAUCCCCGCCGGCUGCGACUCCGCACCCUCGCACUCCUUCAGCUCACCUGUACGGCUACACCACUUAUCUGGCGGCAGCAACACUUCAGGCUCCUCACCCGCACAGCAUCACAGCGCUACCUGCGCCGUAACAGCCACCGCCCUGGUUGCUUCCGCAGCCGCAGCCGGCGGCGGCGGCGGCGGCGGUGGCGGUGAUAGCUCCGCCACUGAGUUUUGCGAGGAUCUGUUUGACAUUUGCGACGGCGGCAGCUCUGACGGCGUCGACGCCUCUGACAACGAGUACGUCAGUCCUAACCACCCCAUUAGUGAGGAGGCGUCCUCCUGGGCCUCACUGACAGCCGGCCUGCUGGCGAGGAUUAUGGGGGAGCUGGCGGCCGCCGGGGCGCUGCUGGCGCUGGCGCCGGCGCUGCGCCGCGUUUGCCGCCACUGGCGCAGCGUCGUGGACGUGCACCUGGAGUCCCUCUCCCCCAACGUCAUGAAGGUCCGCGCCAUCACCACCCGGUUCGCCUCCCUUCGCGCGCUUCACCUCGACCGCUGUGCAAACAUCCGCAACAGGGACUUGCUCGUGCUGUCGCGCGCCCCGGCCGCGCAGCACCUGCAUACUCUCACCCUGGGUGACGACCGCGCCCGACCCUGGGUCAGCAAUCGGGGCCUUGCCUCCGUUUGUCGCAUCACUUCCCUCACACGACUUAUACUCCGGGACUGCCUGUCCCUCACCAACCGGGGCCUCGCGCCGUUGAGCUCGUUGACGGGCCUAACGUGCCUGUCACUGCGCGGAUGCAGAAAGUUGACGAAUCAGGGAAUAGAGGCACUUCGCGGGUUGCAGCACUUGCAGCAUCUGUCGUUGUACGGCGUGGUACGGCUGUCGGACAAGGGCCUUGUGCCGCUGGCGGCGUUGCCGGCGCUGCGGACGUUGGAGCUUGGUUAUACGCGUGUUCGAGAUGAGGGGCUGGGUCAUGUGGCGGUGCGACUCGGGGGGUUGCGCGCGCUUGUGUUGGUGCGGGAGGAGGUUACGGACGCGGGUGUACGGCAGCUGUCAUCGCUGAGCGGUCUUACGCGGCUGGUGCUCCGUGACACUGUUGAGGCCACCGGGGAGACCUUGGCGGUGUUGCUGCCCGCGCUGAAGGAGCUGCAGGUUCUGGACUUGCAACGCAACUGGUCCUUCAACAACAUGCAGCUAGCCCGCUGCCUCCCCCAGCUGGUGUCGGCCCCCGCCCUGGCCUCCCUGGACUUGCGCGCCACCUGGGUGGGCGAGGAGGGCAUAGCCGCAUUGGCACGCAUCCCCUCCUUGCGGCGCCUGGCACUCAGUCCCCAACACGAGCAUUGGUCCAAGUACCUGAACCUGCUGCCGCAGCUGCACCAGCUGACGGCGCUCGUACUCAGGAACCUGCCGUCAUUGCCUUACCAACUGGUCGAGGCACUGGCGGGUCUGCCGGGGUUGAGGGAGUUGGAUGUUUCGGAGCCGCCGCCGGCGGUGGAAGGUACGGCAGCAGCGGGGGGUUGGGCGGCGGCGGCAGCGGCGACGGCGGCAGUGGUCGCGGCAAAGGAGCCGCUGCGGCCGUACACGGUAGCGGCGCUGGCCCGGCUGCGGGCGCUGCGGCACCUAGAUUUGUCCAGGCGCAACCUGUUGCCCGAUCAGGCUCUCUUCCUGGCCAUGUGUAUGCCCUCCCUGGAGCGGCUCAUUGCGAUCCACUGCCCCCUGCCGCCCUCGGCGGUGACCCGGCUGUGGCAGCAGCGGCCCCAGCUGAGUGAGAGGUCGCAAUGGACCGAUUAG